UAAACUGCACUCUCUUGGCAGUGUCUCUUAUAGCUCACAGGCUAGAUUUAACCUCAUGUAUUGAUGUAAGCAGACAGCCUAGCAUUCCCCCAAUCUCCCAUCCUCUAUCUCCCUCAGUCAAUUCCGCAACCACGCUUUUACCACAACUUUUGUUGAAUACACUGAUGUGUGACACGCUGUAGGUGAUGUGGAUGAUGACAGUGAUGAUGGUGAUGGUGGUGGUGGUUGUGCUGAUGAUGACCGUGUGAUCUAAGUAAUUUAUAAUUUGGUUUCUGUGUUUGUUUUUGACUCAUGCACAUCGGGAAAAGCUCCUCUUAUUAUUGGAAUAUUUUUGGUUUUUUUUCUGUCUUCUGUUCUCUCUGCUAGGAUAACAUUGGGCAUCGACUGCUUCAGAAACAUGGCUGGAAGACGGGGCAAGGCCUUGGCAAAACUAUGCAGGGUAAGGUUUGUUGGAUCCCCUCUGUAUGUCAGUAUGUGUGUGAGUGGGUGUGUUUUCUUUCUCCACUCUGCAGUUCACCUUAAUGUAACAUCCCUUUUACAGUGUACUGUAAUAGCCUUUGUCAGCUUCCUCUUUUUUGCUUCAUAAUCACUAAACCUUUAUUCAAUCUGCUGAAGAGUAAAACCCUUGAAUUCAAACAGAGAAAAAUCCAUUUCAAUCAGUGUAGAUCGAAAGUCAUGAUUCCAUUGCAUCCUUUAGAAUAAUCGUUUCUACUUAUUUUAUAAUUAUUAUUAUUAUUAUUAUUUUGUCCUUCUUUGAGUUUCCGUGGCUGCUGUCGGGUAUCUGAUUGGCUGUGACCACACCUCAGACUGAAUGGCUUGCAGACGAUUUGAUCCUGCCCAUGUUGUGCUGAUGGUAAACUUAGUGGACGCACUGAUCCCGUGCCCAUUAUCCUCAAGUAUGAUGUCAUGGGGAUGGGACGAAUGGAAAUGGAGCUGGACUAUGCAGAGGAUGCCACAGAGAAGAGAAGAGUGCUUGAAGUUGAGAAAGAAGAUACAGAAGAACUGCGCCAAAAAUACAAGGACCAGGUGGAAAAGGAGAAAGCCAUUGCGAAGGCUCUGGAAGACCUGAGAGCCAAUUUCUACUGUGAGCUAUGUGACAAGCAGUACACCAAACACCAGGAGUUUGACAACCACAUCAACUCUUAUGACCAUGCUCAUAAGCAGAGGCUUAAGGAGCUAAAACAGAGAGAGUUUGCACGAAAUGUGUCAUCCCGUUCCAGGAAAGAUGGGAAAAAACAAGAGAAGAUGUUGCGCCGGUUGCAUGAGCUGGCUGAGCAAAGGAAACAGCAGGACAGUACUCCAGGAAGUGGGCCCAUGUUCAAAACUACAACAGUGGCCAUUGAUGGAGAGAAGGUUGAAGAUGGUGAUAUCAUGAUGACUGAGAACAUAGCUCUGAUGGACAGCACUCCGGAAGCAUCACUGGAAGAUAAAACUGGGCAAACCUCCCCAAGGCCAGGACCAGCCAUAAGCUUCUGUCUGGGAAAGAACAGUUCGUCCUCCCCAACCCCUUCAGGUGCCUCCAAGGUCAGUGUGUCCUUUUCAUUUGCUAAGAAAACCCCAGUAAAGUUGGAGACAGCAGCUGCUGUUUUUGCUGACCAUGGGGAGGAGGCUAUGGAAGAAGAGGAGGGGCAAGAAGGAGAGAAGGCUGGUGUUCAGGAGGAUGUAACUGCCUCUGGUACAGACAGCCCAAAGGGAGCAUCAGGAGAGGGUGAAGUAGGAGAGAGUGGUGGUAUGACAGGGAGAGAAGAGACACAGCAGCAAGAUGAUGGAGGCUCUCUUGUCUCCACACUCAACAAACUAAAGAUGAUGAUGAAAAAGGAGGAAGGCUAUGCUGGACAGGAACCUCAGUAUUAUCACUAUAUACCACCAGCACACUGCCGUGUGAAGCCUCAUUUUCAGUUCUUAUUGUUCAUGAAGGCAACCGAUCAGUGUCCAAGCAAAGAUGAGGAAGACGAGGAUGACUGCCCAGAGGAGAAGAACAGUGAGGACAUCGCUGAACAAACAGAGUCUAACAAUACAGAUUGUAAUAGCAACAACGAAGAAGUAAAUCCUCCUUCAGCUCCCGUCCCUGAGCUGCCAUCUCCAUCACCUAAAGAAAAAUCAGAGGAGAAGUCUGCAUGCGCAGUAGACAAAACUUCGACAGGACCUUCUUCACCCACACAAAAGACAGAGAACACGCAAGAUAUGCCGGAUUCCACCUUGGGUCCUAAAAUCCCCACAGGUCCCUUUUUCCCUGUUCUCAGCAAAGAUGAGAGUACUACCCUGCAGUGGCCCUCCGAGCUCCUUGAAUUUACAAAAGCUCAGCCCUCACUGUCUUACAGCUGUAAUCCGCUCUACUUUGACUUCAAGCUGUCCCGCAACAAAGGAGUCCGUGGAGGGAAAACGGCAAAGUCCCCCAAGGCUUGUAAAGAAUCUGAUGGCAAGGGACAAGAAAUGCUUGCUCCAGUAACUGAAGGAGCUAAAACUCCUCAACCUGAAACCAGUGCUGGGAAAGAUAAACCAGUGAUGAAGGGAGCGGUUGGACAAGCAGAAGGUGAUGAGCAAAAGCCUGUAGCUGGCAACAGUAGUACCAAGAAAAAGAAGAAAAAAAAGAAGCAUAAGAAGUCUGCAAAGCGCUCAAAACGCAAAGGAAAAGAAAAAGGGGCACUACAAGAUGUGGAGGGAGAGAAAGAAGCAACCCAAGAGAAAACCAAGAAGAAGAAAAAACACAAACGAAAGAAAAGCAAAAACAAGGUCCCAGACCAAAACGAGGUAACGCGUGAGGAAAAAGAAAAGGCCAAACGAAAGUCUGAAGAAAAAUCGGUUGCUUCCUCUGUGCAGAUGGUAACUGCUGUGUCAGCAGAUACAGGAACUAUAGGAGUUGAACCAGGGAAGAGAAAACGUGCCAAGGAAGUGCCUUUUAAAACUGGAGUAGAUGGAGGUGGUGUUGGUAAAACUUGUGACAAAGCCAACUCUUCAGAGGAGCACAUUAGCACUAAGAGACAAAAGACUGACUCCAGUGCACCUCAGAGUGCCUCAUGCUCCACCUCAGCCCAAAAGAGUAGUGGUCCUGGUAGACCUCCCAGCAGUGAAAGUGAAGAAGAAGGGGGCUCCAAUACUCAACGUUCGCGCCACCACAGGUCAAGCCCACGGGAAGAGCGGCGACACCACAGUGAGGACUCAGGGCGAUCGUGCAGCAAUUCAUCAAGGAGGGGAGAAAGGCGAGAGAGUAGUCGCCGCCACCACCGCCGUGGCCAAACGUCCCGAAGCCAUUCUUACUCCAGUAGCUCUGAACGUUCCUCAGCAGGUAGCAGUGCUUACAGCCACCGUAGCCACAGCUACUCUGAUAGCUACAGCGACUACAGUCCAGAGGGUCGCAGACGGAGGCACUCCAAACAUUCAUCAGACUCUGAGUAUGAGCGGAGGGAUAGCCGAGGACAUAGACGACCCAGAAGACAUCGAUACUCCACUUCCUCCUCAGAAGACUCCCGUUCACGCUCCCGUAGCUACAGCCGCAGGAAGAAACACAGACGCCACCAUCGGAGUAGCUCCAGAAGUUCAAGUAGCUGGAGCCGCAGCACCAGUGCAAGAUCAUGGAGACGCAGCUACAGUCGUAGCCAUAGCUCUGCGAGCUAUUCCUCCAGUUCGACCAAAGGCUCAGCUCACCGACGAAGUCUCAGGAGUCGAGGGGAUGGUGACGCACAAGGCCGAGACUUUAACCGCUCACGCAUCUACCGCUCACAGUCUCCACGCUCUAAUGCAUUACGCGGCCUGAACAGAACCUCACAUUCAACUAGCUCACAGGCUCAAAGGCCAGGGGGCAUUCGGGAUCCUGGGGAACAAAAAAACAUCCUCACUGCUCGCCAACUUCUGGAGAAGGUUCAGUCUAAAAAAGGAUCAGAUGACACUUCCACAGGGGCAAAAUCUGGGAUUAAGAUUAAGGACCCACCACAGGGCUACUUUGGUCCCAAACUACCCCCUACCCUUGGAAACAAAUCUAUGCUGCCACUUUUUGGUAAACUGCAAACAGGUAAGAAAACACCAAUAAUUCCCCUGACCAGACCUGAUGAUGGUGAGAAAUCAGGAGGAAAGGGCACUGAGGCUGAAAGAGAGGUUAUCUUGGUAGAGCCAAUAAGGGAGUUCCCACCUCCUCCCCCACCUCCAGCUCCUCCAGUUCAGAAGGUUGAAGAGAUCCCACAGAGCACAGUGGUACAGGAAGAAACACAGCACCCCAUCACGGAGGUGCACCAGGAAUCCCGUGUGCUGUUUGAGCAAGAGCCUUCAGUGAUGGCUGCCCAGUAUCAAGGAGAGACGGGACAUGUUCCUUCUCAGAAUCCUGUGAUGGAGUCACUUAUGCCUGAAAUGCAACAACAGCAGCAGCCUCAGAUGCAUGCGUAUCCCGCGUACCCACCACCCACUUUGGAGGAAGAUGGCAUUGAGGCUGAGGAGGAUGGACUGGCCCCUUUGGAAAGUCAGCCCAUUACAUUCACACCAGAGGAGAUGGAGAAAUACAGCAAACUGCAACAGGCUGCUCAACAGCACAUCCAGCAGCAGCUCUUGGCCAAACAGGUCAAGACAUUCCCCUCGGCAGCUGCCGCGGCAGCAGCGGCUGCAGCUGCGGCCAGUCUGGCCCCGGCCCCCCCUCCCCCAACACUGCAGCAGAUCCACAUCCAGCAGCCCACUGUCUCCAUGGCCUCUGGGACUUCAAUCACUACAGUGCAGCAUGCUAUUCUGCAGCACCACGCUGCCACCGCUGCAGCCAUGGGCCUUCACCCAGCACAUCCCCACCACCCACACCCUGCCCAUGCCCAGUUGGCCCAGGUACAUCACAUUCCCCAACACCACCUUACUCCCAUCUCCUUGUCUCCCCUCGGCCCUUCACUUGGACAUUCUCUAGGACACUCACUGGGGCAUGCAGGGUUGAUUCCUGCGCACCCUACAGCCUUUCUCUCCGGUCAGCCCAUACACAUUAUCCCAGCUUCUGCACUUCACCAUACACCCUUGGCUCUCCACCACGUCCCACACGCUGCCCUUUACCCAACACUUUUUGCACCCCGGCCCUCGCAGGCCGCUGCUGCAGCAGCUCUGCAACUCCAUCCCCUUCUACACCCAAUUUUCUCAGGACAGGACCUUCAGCACCCGCCGAACCAUGGCUCCUGAGGAAUGAUGCAGGUGAAGGUGUAUACGCACAGCAACCCUCCACUGGAGAAGAGACCCAAAUUGAACUGUCUUUAGUUUAGGAUUUUAGAUACUGGUUUUGUGCAGAAGUGUGAAGCAUUUGACUGGCCUACACAGUGCAAGUUGUAGCCACAAAGUGGUACUGCCUGUACUAAAUUUAAAUGACAGUUUUAUUCUGGAUAUUGUUUUCUUUCCUACAAUUUGCCCUUAUUUUUUCUAAUAUGUGGUUAAUAUUUACAAACUUUCAAGACUUUGAAACUUUAUCAGUAG